AUGACGGUAUUUUCUUAUACCGGAAUCUUUGUGCCAAUUCUAGCCAUUAGCCGCGCAAUGAUUCAUGAUGAACACAUGGUUUAUGAACCUGAAGCCAGAUUACAAAAAGUUGUCGAUUAUAUUCAUUAUUCGCCUGAUAUUGUAGAUUUCUUUCGUGAAUUCACUGUGCAUGUUGACGAUAUUGGUUAUGUGUGUAGUUUUGCAGUUUUUGAUUUCAAAAAACAUGGAGAUGUCAAGUAUGGUGCACCAACAGAAGCACAUAACGAGUAUUAUGUUUCAAAGGAUGGGAAGAUGGAAAAGAGUUUUUUGAACUUUAAAGCAAAUCAUCCGGAUUGGGAACCAACUGAUCCAACAGGGUCCUUAUUUCUUAGUAAGAUGGCUGAUUUUAAUAAUCAAAUUAUUCAAGAGCAAUAUGGUCACCAUCAACGAUCUCAUAGCACUAGUAACAAUAUCCGUAGUUCUGUGAUGGAUUCCAUACUUAAACCUCAUAAUAGAAAAGGCAGUAAUAAUGUUCACUUUGAAAUACCCAAUAGCAACGAUUAUAAUAAUAUAUCCUCAUCGUCAGCAAGAUAUUAUAACAAUAAUGAUAUGGACUAUACUGGCGCUACAGAUGGUUACGAAACUUCUACAAGAGACAAAAAACCAUCUAAUGUUGACGACGACGAAGAAAAUGUUGCUACUGGAUUUGCAAGUGAAUUGGGAGAUUCAUACCUUUUAACUGCUAAUAAAAUAAAUAAUACUAUGAAUCAAAUGUUCGAUUCAAUAGAACAUGAGGACAGACCACGUAAUGGAGGUGUAAUGGGUUUAUUAAAUCAAUUCUAUGAUCUCAAUAAUUCUUCUGUGUAA